AUGGCUUCCACUAUACUGGUUACAGAAAGUUCAUCUUCUUCAAUAGCUAGCAGUAUUUCUUGGGUUACCUCUACAGUCUCAACAGUAGAUGAAGAAGUGCCAACCCCACACUCCUAUCUAAGCACAUCUCCUCAGGAAACAACAGUGGCAAUUUCCAAGACUCACUGGACACAAGGCAUAGGGACCACUGGAGACAUUCAUGUCAGCAGAAGCUCCAAUGUAACCCAAACCAUCAAAACAGUUACAUCUGCAUCUCCUUCAUCCUUACUAAGUGAACACACAUCUCAACAAACUAUAACAGCAAGCCCAGCAAGGCAGUCAACACCACUCUCUAGCAGCACCUCUUCUCAAGAAUCAUCAGUUGUUUCCCAGAUAGGUCAUACUCAAGGUCCACGGACCACACAAGAAUCCCAAAUCACAAGUUUAAUCUUCCCCAUGACAGACACAAUCAAGACAGUCACAUCUGCAACUUCUCCUUUCAAAUCAAGUGGACAUUUGCCCUCAGAAAAUGUUCCUCAGGAUACACCCACCACAAGUGAAGUUACAACCUUCACACCAGCACCCUCAAGGGACAGCCACACAACUCAGGUCGCUACCACUACCACAGAACUAUGGACAUCACCAACCAGUGCUGACACCAGCCCGGGAACAUUAAGAGGCACAUCACUUUCCAUUAAAAGCACCACUUUUCAGAGCUCUGUAGUUUCAACAACACUAGACCCAAGAGGACAAUCAACAUCCCCUACUUCUAGUGCUUCACCUGACACAUCAGCCAUUUCCCAAACCCACCAGACACAAAGCACAGUGACCACUGGAGAACCACAUACCAACACACCAGCCUCCUUGGUAACAGAUACCACCUUUUUGGCAGACACCAUCUUGGUGGGCACAGCUACAGCUUCUUCAUCUACAGCAAGCAGCCAAACAACUUUAGGAAGUGCUUUCCCGGGAAUAUCCACCUCAGAUAAGAUCAAGAGUUUCUCAACAACUUUCUCCAGGGAAAACCACAUAACUCAAUCAAAAACUGAAUUGUUGUCCUCUGCAGCAAGUCAUGACACUACUCCAGGAACCAUGGAAUUGGUGUCCAUUAUUGUCCCCAACACCUCUCAAGAAAUAUCAGCUGUUUCCCAGAAGGCUCAGACUCAAAUUAUAGGAAGCACCAGAGGAUCUGAAGCCAUAAGCUCAGUCUCCCAGGUGACUGACACCUUCUCAACAGUUACACCUCCACCUCCUUCAUCUACACCAAAUGUGCGCAUGUUACCAAAAACCACUGCCCACACUCUGUCAUCUUCAGACACCAGCACAACACUUAUCUCCAACCCAAGUCCAUUGCCUACUCUACACUCCACCACUCUAUUCACAGGGCACUCUGCUCCUCUGUCUGUUACCAGCACUUUCCCAGCAUCCACUGUAUCCUCAAGCUCCAUUGUGAAGACUCAGACACCAGGAGCAAUCACAACUUCACUGAGGACAGGCAGCCAGAGAAGCACAACAACAUCACUACCACCAACAACCUCCCAGACCCUUACAACGUCCAUUCCCAGCACAUCUACAAGCAAACACUCAACUGCUGUCCCAGUCCCUAUCAAGCCCAAGAAAGGUGUUUCCCUCUUUCCCUAUGGACCAAGCGUUGGAGAUCAGGAGUUUGUCAGGAGGACUGUGGACUUCACCUCACCACUCUUCAAGCCCCAGAUUGGCUUCCCUCUUGGCUCUUCUCUCCGGGAUUACCUCUAUUUCACAGAUAAUGGCCAGAUCAUUUUCCCGGAGUCAGAGUACCAGAUUUUCUCCUACCCCAAUCCUCCCCUUAGAGGCUUCACAGGCUGGGACCCUGUGGCCCUGGUGGCUCCAUUCUGGGAUGAUGCUGAUUUUUCCAGCAGCCAUGGAACCAUAUUUUACCAGGAAUAUGAGACACUCUAUAAUGAACACAACCUGCUAGUCUGGCAGGUGGAGUCUUGGAUUAAAAAGUUCGCACACAUCCGGAACUACAAAGCCAGGUGGACCCUAAAGGUCACAUGGGUCAGUGCCCCUGCCUAUCCUGCCCAGUGGACCUUUGGGACCAACACCUACCAGGCCAUCCUCUCCACAGACGGGAGCAGGUCCUACGCCCUGUUUCUCUACCAAAGUGGUGGUAUGCAGUGGGAUGUGACCCAGCGCCCAGGCAACCCAGUCCUCAUGGGCUUCUCCAGUGGAGAUGGGUAUUUUGAAAACAGCCCACUGACAUUCCAGCCAGUGUGGGAGAAGUAUCAUCCAGACCAAUUCCUGAAUUCCAACUCAGGUCUUCAGGGCCUGCAAGUCUAUAGGCUACACAGGGAAGAAAGGCCCAACUACCGUCUCAGGUGCCUGCAGUGGUUGAACAGACAGCCCCAGUGGCCCCAAUGGGGCUGGAACCAGGUGUCCUGCCCUUGCUCCUGGCAGCAGGGACUGUGGGACUUACGAUUCCAGCCCAUCAGCAUAGGCUGGUGGGGCCUCGGCAGCAGGCAGCUGUGCCGUGUUUCUUCCUGGCGUGGAGGCGUGUGCUGCAGCUAUGGGCCCUGGGGAGAGCUUCUCCAGGGCUGGACAGUGAGCACUCCUUGGCAGUUUGACCAAGAACUGGAGCCAUGGGACUGGUGCUGCCGUGGGAACGACAAGCCCUCCUUCUGCGCCCUGUACCAGCAGAGGCGGCCCCGCAUCGGCUGUGCUGGGUACCGUCCCCCAAGGCCUGCCUGGAUGUUUGGGGAUCCCCACAUCACCACCUUGGAUGGUGCCAGUUACACCUUCAAUGGACUGGGGGACUUCCUGCUGGUCCGGGCCUGGGACAGAAACUCCUCCUUCCUGCUGCAGGGCCGCACUGCCCAGACCAGCUCAGCCCAGGCCACCAACUUCAUUGCCUUUGCAGCUAAAUACAACACCAGCAGCCUGAACCCCAUCACAGUUCGAUGGCUCCUCAAGCCGAAUGACACAAUCCAUGUGCAGGUCGAUAACCAGACUGUGAUAUUUGAGACUAACCGUGAAGACCCAGAAGGCCAGGAGACAUUCAACACCACCGGCAUUGUAAUGACCCGCAAUGGCUCCCUCGUGUCAGCCAGCUUCGAUGGGACCGUGACCAUCUCCGUGACCGCCCUUUCCAACAUCCUCCAUGCCUCCUGCAGCCUCCCAGAGGAGUAUCGAAACAGCACAGAGGGCCUCCUGGGAGUCUGGAACAACAAUCCAGAUGAUGACUUCAGGAUGCCCAAUGGCUCCACCAUUCUCAACAAAAGCGAUGAGUGGCAGCUUUAUCAAUUUGGAAUGACCUGGAAAAUCAAUGAUACGAGACUCCUUGGCAAGAGAGACAACCCUCUGCCUUCCAACUUCACCCCUGUCUUCCUUUUCCAACUGAAGAACAACCACUCGGGUGAAAAUCUGGUCUCUGAGUGUAAUGGAGAUGAGCAGUGCAUUUAUGAUAGCCUGGCCACAGGAAACACAAGCACCGGCCUGAACACUAAGAUGCUCUUUAGCAGAUACCAGCUGAUGAACGCCACCCUCAGUAAGUACCCACCUUCUAUCAAGGGUGAGCAUGUGGUGGAAGCCUAUCUGGGGCAGACCAAGCUGACUCAGUACACCAGCGGUUCUGAGAAUGUCAUAUUCACCCUAAGAAACAGCAACACUGACUUCAAGCUCUUUGAGAAUGGGACAUUGCUAUGGACACCAAAGUUGUUGGAACCAUUCACUCUGGAGAUUCUAGCAAGAAAUGCCAAAGUCAACUUGUCAUCUGUACUCCAGCCAAAGACAGUGGUCUGUGCCUGCAGGGAAGAGAGCCAGUGUUUAUACAACCAGACCAGCUGGGUGGGCAAUUCCUCCCUGGAGGUGGCCGGCUGCAAGUGUGAUGGGAACAGCUUUGGCCCCUACUGCAAACGCUCCAGGGACCCCUGUGAGGAGCCAUGCUUCCCGAAUGUAAAGUGCAUUCCUGGGGAGGGCUGCGAGGCCUGCCCCCAAAACCUGACUGGGGAUGGGCGUCAUUGUGCAGCUCUGGAGAACUCUCCCCUCUGUCAGAACGUGUCCUGCCCUGUGAAUUACUGCUACAACCAGGGCCACUGCUACAUCUCCCAGACGCCAGACUGCCAUCCCACCUGCACCUGUCCCCCAGCCUUCACUGACACCCGCUGCUUUGUGGCUGGGAACAAUUUCACUCCAACCAUCCAUCAAGAUCUUCCUAUAAGAAUCAUCCAGCUCUCACUCAGGGAAGGAGAAAAUGCCACCAUGACAGAUGUCAAUGCCUCGGUGGCCUACAGACUGGGGAAGCUGGAUGUGCGGGCUUUUCUCCAGAACAGCAAAGUGGUACCAAUGGGGUUAGGGGUAGGUGUGAACGUGAGCAUGCUGAAGACUUACUUCAAAUGCAAUGGCUACGAGGGUUACCACCUGGUCUACAGCCCCCACAGUGGCCUGACCUGUGUGUCCCUGUGCAGUGAGGGCUACUGUGAGCACGGAGGCCAGUGCCAGCACCUGCCCCAAGGGCCCCGUUGCAGCUGUGUGCCCUUCUCCAUCUACACGCCCUGGGGAGAACGCUGUGAGCACCUGAGCAUGAAGCUUGGCGCCUUCUUCGGGAUCCUCUUUGGAGCGCUGGGAGCCCUCUUGCUGCUGGGGGCGGUGGUGUUUGUGGUCCUGCGCUUCUGGUGCUACCCCAGGAACCAGUACUCCUACCCUCUGGACACAGAAAGUUGA